GUACUCCUUCCCACAGGCCCCUCAUAUGUACACACUUACCCCACCUUGCUUUAUCCUAGACCAAAGGUUACCAAGAUGAGAGUGAUAGCACUGAUCAUGUGUAGCUUGGCCCUGGCUGCUGCUAAUUCCUUCACUUCUUGGGAGCUCUUCAAGGCUCAGUAUGACCGUCACUAUCUAGAUGUUGAAGAGGAACAUUACCGCCAAAGUGUGUUUGAAAAGAACCUGGAAUUCAUCAAUGACUUCAACAAGAGAUUUGAACAGGGAGAAGUGACAUUCAACCUCAAGAUGAACCAGUUUGGUGACAUGACAAAUGAAGAGUUCAAUGCCAUCAAAGGAUAUGAAAUAGAACCUAGACACUCCUCCAUGGCCGCACCAAGCAUGGAAGAGAAUGAAAAAGCAGCUGAGGUGGAUUGGCGUGAAAAAGGAGCAGUGAACCCUGUUGUUGACCAGGGAAUGCUAGGUGCAAGCUGGGCAUUUUCUGCGACAGGAGCACUGGAGGGCCAGCAUUUCCUUAAAACCGGCACUCUGGUGAAUCUUUCAGAGCAGCAACUCGUUGACUGCAUGGAUAGUUAUUUUCCAGGAGUGACUGAAGCAUUUACUUAUGUGCAAGAAAAUGGUGGUAUUAACACGGAUGCUAUCUAUCCCAGUGGAAUUCCAAAUGGGACCUGUCGCUACAAACCUGAUGUAACUGAUGCUACAUGCUCUGGCUAUGUGAUCACCGAGGCAGGGAACGAGAGUGCCCUGGAAUCGGCUGUCAGGGACAUAGGACCGAUCUCGGUGGAGAUUGAUGCCUCACAUAUUUCAUUCCAAUUUUAUAGUAGUGGUGUGUAUUAUGAACCUGCCUGCUCACCGUCACUCUUGGACCAUGCAAUGCUGAUUGUGGGUUAUGGUACUGUAAGUGGGGAAGACUACUGGAUUGUCAAGAACUCUUGGGGCACCGGCUGGGGUGAGAGUGGCUACAUCAACAUGGCUCGCAACAGGGAUAACAACUGUGGUAUCGCCAGCGAUGCUUCCUACCCACUUCCCUAGAGUACAGGACGAUGCCCCAUAACAAGGCCUGAUGAAGCUCAAAUUGAGCACAACAUUGCCAAAAUAAAGACUUUCUUAAA